UAGAAAAAAUGAGAUAUUUUAUGAUCGUUAAGAUCAUGAAUUGAAACAUUUAGUGAGUGAAUGGUUGGUUAAACCCCUCCCCCCUCUACCACCUCCCCAACCUGGCACGUGUGAUAAUUCUGGCAUUUAAAAGAGAUAAAUAAAAUGUCACAUUCGAGACUGGAAAUAUAUGAUCCUUAUGGUGACCUCGAAAAACCAUCGAGAUGCAUCAAAUUCUUACGUCUUCUUUGGAAGUUUAGCAGAUGUGUAUUCUCUCACGUAACGUUGGUAUCCUUGGUUGUGGCAUAUUGUGUCAUAGGUGCAUAUGCCUUUGAAUCCCUUGAGGCAGAUCACGAAAAACAGAUAAAGAAAAACGUGAAAUAUCUGAGAGGAAAUAUAACGGAAAAAUUAUGGAAAUUGACGAAAGAGGUUGAAGUAUUGGUAAGAGAAAAUUGGACGUUGGAUGCUUUAAGAGAAUUACAGGGAUUUGAAAGCAAUCUUUUUACUUUAUUAAGAAAAGAAGGUUGGGAUGGUAGCGAAGAGGAAAAUAACAUUCAAUGGACAUUUGCCGGUGCUUUGUUCUAUUCGAUUAUAGUCAUCACGACAAUUGGAUACGGUCAUAUAUCACCUAAAACUAAAAAUGGUAAAGUGGUUACGAUUUUUUACGCCGUUGUUGGAAUACCAUUGAUGCUUUUAUGUUUGUCUAAUAUCGGUGACGUUAUGGCAUCGAGUUUUAGAUUCCUGUAUUGGAAAGUAUGUUGUUACGUAUGUACAAAACCACCAAAAAAGAGACGAACACGAUCCAGUUUAGGAAGAUCCUAUUCGACAAGACAAGCAGGAAGAUACGACAUCAACAGCAGAGCAACGUCAUUCCGACGUUCGAUUAGGUUAAGUCAAAGAUCAAACGAUGGAACUUUAGGAAUUCCAGAAGAUUUUAGACGAACUUCUUACUCUGACACGGAUUGCAGGGAUAAUUCUAGACGUAUAAAUGGAAUGGACCAAAGAAGAAUCUAUUCUUAUCAUUUAUCUUCUCCUACAGCAUUAAGGUCAACGACCUCAUUUAGAAAUUCGGAUAUUCCUUUGUCAUCUUUAAAAUUACCCAAAGGUAAUCCUAAAUUAAGUACACAAUCACUCGAUCGAAGAUUAACAAGUGGAACCAUCGAAACCGAUCAGUCACCUGUUCUGUGCAACAAAUACGCUUUUGACGAUGUCGACGAUGAUUUAUUUUUAUGGCAACCUACGACACGAAAUAAUAAAUCUGAAUAUAUGAACAAAAUUGGUGAUAAUCGUACACAAGUAGAAGAUAAAUUGGAAGACAUUGAAAAACAAUCAACAAUGAUUACAAGAUCAUUACCACGAAGAUAUCAUUCAGUGGAAAGUGGUGUUGUAACUCAACAACAUAGAUCAACAUUGUCAACACCAUAUCAUUUAUCAUCGAGUCAUUUGUCACCACCAGGAUUCGAUCAAAACAGAAGAUUUUAUUCCGAAAGAAUAAGACGUUCACCUAGUAAUUAUUCUACUGCACGUUUCUAUAGAAGGGAAGCUUCUUUACCAAGAAUCAUGUCACCAAUGGGAUUUGCUAUGCACCGACGUGCUUGUACAGAUGACAUAGACGUUGAUUACGAGUGUUACAACAUUAACGAUGAACAAGAUAGACAACCGAUAAAACCAGUACCCAUUUGGCUUUGCGUAUUUCUAGUAGUCAGUUACAUAUUGGGUGGUGCUUGUCUAUUUAGCAAAUGGGAAAAAUGGACUUUUCUCGACAGUGCUUAUUUUUGUUUCAUCACACUCACGACCAUAGGAUUUGGUGACUUCGUACCAAAUAAAUUAGACGCCCACAAGGGAAUAGCUUUAUGUUCGUUGUAUCUGUUAUUUGGUAUUGCUUUAUUAGCAAUGAGUUUUAAUUUGGUACAAGAAGAGGUGAUAAAUAACGUUAAAAGUGUGGCAAAAAGUUUGGGUAUAUUAAAAGGUAGCGAUGACGAGUAUGAAGAUGACGAUGACGAUGACGAUUACAAAUACGAUGCGGAAUACGAAGAUAAUGAAGAUGAGAAUGAAUUUGAACGACGAUGUGACGAUAAUCAAAGGAAAAUUUAUCUCGAUGAUCGUAGAUAAUUAAUUAUUAUUAUUAUUUUAUUUCACAUUAUUGUUCAUUCAUCAAAAAACAUUUGAUAAGAAUAAUCUGCACUCUUGUGCAACUCUUCA